UUCCGUGACGCAGCCAGUGUUAUUUCUGUUUCGAGACCAACGGCCGAAAGUCCCCGUGAGCCGCCUUGCCAGGACCAGAAUUGGUCUUGGGCCGCUGAGGUAGCGCAGGGACGCCUCGCCUGGCGACGGUCACACAGCUGAGCCUCCGCUUUUCUCCCCAGGAUCCCUGCGUGGCCUCUGGCUGCUUGUCGUCCUCAAGGCUGGGUUGGGUUGGGUGGGUUUGGGUACCCGGGCCCUGGUAACACCAGACACCGGAUCGCUGUGACACAGCCCGAGUUACGGUCAUUUGCCUCCUUCCUGUCUCUUCUCUGAGGGAGCCACGUGGGCAGCACCAACCUCUCAGCUGGUGGGAUUGGGAGAAGAACGCCAGGCCAAGUGGCUCCAUCAGCCGUCGUGCUCCUCUGAGAGGCUCUCAGUGCUGAGUCACCAUACCUGCCCACCGCAUUGGGGUGGGCACAACAGCCGUGCGCCAUGCCAGCGGCUCCUGACCGCUCCUGACUGGAAGGAGGGGUUACUCCAGCCCUGUUUCCCUGCCACUUGGCAGUGGAGGAGAAAGAGGCCCUGAUCCCUGCCCGCGUGCCGGCCUACGGCAGCCGGUCAGCAGCUCCUUCGGUAAACGGAGUGAGAACCGCGCCUGAGCCCCGCGCUCUUGGGAAAGGCCUACCCAGGCAGGCGCCUCUGGCGGGGGCCCCUGCUCGGAUGGAGCACGUGCUUUGCCGCUCACCCCUCCUGGAUCCCUGGCUGCUGGUUCUCCACUUAGAGCCAGUCUGCAGAGGUGUGUAGUCCUUUCUGGAUGAGGUUUGGCAGGAUUGAGUUUUGCUUCCUCCCGUUUCUACUGGAAGACAGGCCGCAAUCCAUUAGUGGGUGAAAUUGAGUCUAAUACGUAUCACCAUUCGGACUGAGGGUCAGAUCUUGCACCUGGACAACUGAAGACCAGGCAGACAGGAUUGCAGAAGGGACAGUCCAGCUUCCUGGGGAUGUUGGGCCUGGAGGCAACCACGCCUUGCUCUGUUGCUGGCCGCCUUGACCCCAGGCUCCCUGCUUAAAACUGCAGUUCGACUGCUGGCCUGACUGAUCCUUGAGGCUGUGCCCUCUGGGGCACGCACACGGCACGGCCUGCCACCAUGCGACUGAGCUCCGUGUUGGCUGUGCUGCGGCCAGCGCUGCCCCUCAUCCUCGGGCUGUCUCUGGGAUGCAGCCUGAGCCUCUUGCGGGUUUCCUGGAUCCAGGGUGAGGGAGAAGAUCCCUGCGUGGAGGCUGUGGGGGAACCGGGGGGGCCGCAGGACUCCAGAGCUCGGCUGGACCAAAGCGAUGAAGACUUCAAACCCCGGAUUGUCCCCUACUACAGGGAUCCCAGCAAGCCCUACAAGAAGGUGCUCAGGACCCGGUACAUCCAGACAGAGCUGGGCUCUCGUGAGCGGCUGCUGGUGGCUGUCCUGACUUCCCGGGCCACACUGUCCACUCUGGCUGUGGCUGUGAACCGCACAGUGGCCCACCACUUCCCUCGUUUGCUCUACUUCACUGGGCAGCGAGGGGCCCGGGUGCCGGCGGGGAUGCAGGUGGUGUCACAUGGGGACGAGCGGCCAGCCUGGCUCAUGUCCGAGACCCUGCGCCACCUUCACUCACACUUCGGAGCCGACUACGACUGGUUCUUCAUCAUGCAGGACGACACAUACGUGCAGGCCCCCCGCCUGGCAGCCCUUGCCGGCCACCUGAGCAUCAACCAAGACCUGUACUUGGGCCGUGCAGAGGAGUUCAUUGGCGCCGGCGAGCAGGCUCGGUACUGCCACGGGGGCUUUGGCUACCUGUUGUCACGGAGCCUCCUGCUUCGAUUGCGGCCACAUCUGGAUGGCUGCCGAGGAGACAUUCUCAGCGCCCGUCCUGACGAGUGGCUUGGCCGCUGCCUCAUCGACUCUCUGGGUAUCGGCUGUGUCUCACAGCACCAGGGGCAGCAGUAUCGCUCCUUUGAACUGGCCAAGAAUAGAGACCCCGAGAAGGAGGGGAGCCCGGCCUUCCUGAGUGCCUUCGCAGUGCACCCUGUCUCCGAGGGGAUCCUCAUGUACCGGCUGCACAAGCGCUUCAGCGCUCUGGAGCUGGAGCGGGCGUACAGCGAGAUAGAACAGCUGCAGGCUCAGAUCCGGAACCUGACCGUGCUGACUCCUGAGGGGGAGGCAGGGCUGAGCUGGCCUGUGGGGCUCCCUGCCCCGUUCACACCGCACUCUCGUUUUGAGGUGCUAGGCUGGGACUACUUCACAGAGCAGCACACCUUCUCCUGUGCAGACGGGGCCCCCAAGUGCCCACUGCAAGGGGCUAGCCGGGCAGAUGUGGGCGACGCCGUGGAGACGGCCGUGGAGCAGCUCAAUCGGCGCUAUCAGCCCCGCCUGCGCUUCCAGAAGCAGCGGCUGCUCAACGGCUACCGGCGCUUCGACCCAGCACGGGGCAUGGAGUACACGCUGGACCUGCUGCUGGAGGCCGUCACGCAGCGUGGGCACCGGCGGGCCCUGGCUCGCAGGGUCAGCCUGCUGCGGCCCCUGAGCCGGGUAGAAAUCCUACCUAUGCCCUAUGUCACGGAGGCCACCCGCGUGCAGCUUGUGCUGCCACUCCUGGUGGCCGAAGCCGCCGUGGCCCCUGCGUUCCUCGAGGCCUUUGCGGCCAGCGUUCUGGAGCCACGAGAGCACGCGUUGCUCACCCUGUUGCUGGUCUAUGGGCCGCGGGAAGGUGGCCGAGGGGCCCUGGACCCAUUUCUCGGGGUGAAGGCUGCAGCGGCUGAGUUAGAGCGACGGUACCCUGGGACGAGGCUGGCCUGGCUCGCCGUGCGAGCAGAGGCGCCUUCCCAGGUGCGGCUCAUGGACGUGGUCUCCAAGAAGCACCCGGUGGACACGCUUUUCUUCCUCACCACCGUGUGGACCCGGCCUGGGCCCGAAGUCCUGAACCGCUGCCGCAUGAAUGCCAUCUCCGGCUGGCAGGCCUUCUUUCCAGUCCACUUCCAGGAGUUCAACCCUGCCCUGGCGCCACAGAGGUCUCCUCCAGGGCCCCCAGGGGCUGGCCCUGACCCCCCAUCCCCUCCUGGUGCUGACCCUUCCCGGGGGGCUCCCGGGGGAGGCAGGUUUGACCGCCACGCGUCCGCAGAGGGCUGCUUCUACAAUGCCGACUACCUGGCGGCCCGCGCCCGGCUGGCUGCUGAACUGGCAGGCCAGGAAGAGGAGGAAGCCCUGGAGGGGCUGGAGGUGAUGGAUGUGUUCCUCCGGUUCUCAGGGCUCCACCUCUUCCGGGCCGUGGAGCCAGGGCUGGUGCAGAAGUUCUCUCUGCGGGACUGCAGCCCUCGGCUCAGCGAGGAGCUCUACCACCGCUGCCGCCUCAGCAACCUGGAGGGGCUGGGGGGCCGCGCCCAGCUGGCCAUGGCGCUGUUUGAGCAGGAGCAGGCCAACAGCACCUAGCCCGCCCAGGCCCCGCACUGCGCACACUUCCCUUCGCUGCCUCAGCCCCGGGAGGGCGAGGCAAGAUGGACCGACAGAUGGAGAGCUUGUUGCUGUAUUUUUUUAAUAAGAAAAUGUUAUUAAAAGUGUCUUCUGCCAAA